UAAUCCGUCAGCAAGACUUCGCGCAGACAUUGUAGCGCUACGAACCUCAUCUACUCCUUCACUGAGUACAGUAUACAAUUGGAAUCGAGUGUUUUAUAAUGGCUGCUCCACCGUGGAAGUUACCCGUUGACUAUCUUGACCCGAAGUCCGCAAGCGCGCCAUCACCAUCGCGCUCGCGGCGACUCGCAAAGCAAACCAUCCAUGUUGUCAUCUUACUACUAGUCGGAACCGUGGUGCUCUCACAAUUCCACCUGGACAUUCUCAGGUUCAGGUUUGCCGGAUCACGCGAGCCACCGCGUUUCGACAAAAGCGCAACUUUCACAUGGGAUCAGAUCACCCCGACCGAGCAGCUCGUCUACCACCCAUGCUUCGAUGGCUACGAAUGCUCCCGCCUCCACCUCCCCAUGGACUGGAACCGCACCGACGGUCAGGGCGCAAAAGUCGCACUCGCCGUCAUCAAAGUCCCCGCCAAGGUCCCAGUCACCGAUUCACGAUACGCGGGACCGAUUCUGCUGAAUCCUGGGGGUCCUGGGGGCUCGGGAGUCUCCCUCGUUCUAAGGAUGGGACGGAACAUUCAGACGGUGGUAGAUUCCGCGGACGCACCGGAUGAACCACAUCCGCUGGAGGGAGGGAAGUAUUACGACAUUGUUAGUUUUGAUCCGCGUGGAGUCAACAAUACCAGCCCGGCGUUCUCGUGUUUCCUCGACUCGGCUGCGCGACAGGCGUGGAAGCUGCAGGUGGCGUCGGAGGGGAUUCUGGGCAGCUCGGACGGGGUCUUUGAUUCCCGGUGGGCGCGCCACGAGUCACUGGGGCUGACCUGUGCCGCGCAGGAGGAUGGCGAGGAGGGCGAAUGGAUUGGACGGUUCAUGAACACGCCGACCGUGGUGGCCGAUAUGGUCGAGCUGAUUGAGAGACACGGCGAGUGGCGGGAGCAGGAGACGGCACGGAUUCUUCGAAGUGGGUGCAGGGGCUCACUGAACGAGAUCGACACGGCCGAAGCAAUCCGACUGCGCAAUCGCUGGGUGCCUGGCCAGGAGAAGCUGCAGUACUGGGGCUUCUCGUACGGGACGGUCUUAGGCUCGACUUUCGCCGCGAUGCAGCCCCAUCGUAUCCAUCGGGCGGUCAUCGAUGGCGUGUGCGACGCCAGCGACUACUACGCUGGCGGCUGGCUCACGAACCUGCAGGACGCCGAUGCCGCGUGGUUGUCCUUCUUUGAGCUCUGCGCGUCCGUCGGGCAAGGGGUGUGCCCGUUUGCCGCGGGAGAGGGCCUGCAGGCGACGGUCGAUCGCUACGAGAACCUCCUGACGACUCUCAAAUCUAACCCUGUAGCGGUUCCGGCUUCGGGGAAGCGCGGGCCCGACAUCAUCACCUACACUGAUGUGAAGAUGCUGGUUGCGCAGGCUGUCUAUACGCCCAUGAAAUCAUUCGAACGCGUGGCUCGGUUGUUGACAGAUCUCGAUCACAGGAAUGGCUCUGCGUUUGCAGACUACAAAGACCAAGAGCGUCUAGACUGGCGCCGCGCGCCGCCGUGUAAUCCAAGUGGCUCCAAGCCAUGUAUGAUUCCAGGUGAGAAUUAUGAGGCGAUGAUGAGCAUUUUAUGCUCAGAUGGAGAGGAUAUUGGUGAGAUUGCCAAGGAGAAGUUCGAGAGCUACUGGCAUACGCUACAGGAUCAGAGUGAAACCUUCGGGGAUUUCUGGACUGAGAUUCGCUUCAGCUGCAUCCGAUGGAAGACACGACCUGCAUGGCGAUUCGAAAGCCUAAUCGCCGGCAAUACAUCCUACCCACUGCUAUUUGUUGGGAACACUUAUGAUCCAGUGACACCUCUCCGCAACGCAUUCAAGAUGUCGAGACAGUUUCCUGGGUCUGUAGUCUUGCAGCAAGACUCAGUGGGACAUUGUACCCUGAGUGGCCCGUCUUUGUGCACAGCCAAGGCAAUCCGAGAAUAUUUCCAGAAGGGCGAGCUCCCUAAUCACGGAAAGAUUUGUGAGGUCGAGGAGAAGCCUUUCCAUGUCCCUGGAAUCCAGCCAAACCGCGUCUUGUCAGCCGCAGAUAUGAAGUUAAUGUUCGCUCUGCGCUCGCUGGCCCACGACGAGGACCCUAUCACUAGAAUUCCAGGACUCCAUCUUCUGUAAGCAUGGCGUCCAAAAUCACAGGAUGACGACCGAAAGUUGGGUAACCUUACUCGCUCAUUGUUACGGUCGUCGAAAUUUCGCUUUACAGUGACCUUGUGCAACUGCCUACCUGGCUCACUAGCAGUGAAAAUGACUCUGUCGGGCGUUUCCUAUUUGCAACAAUUAUAUCUCAAUCGUAGCAGCAUAUCUCAUUCAGGCUUGGCAAAGAAAACGGUAAACCCAGUCCAAGCUGUAUCGCUGGUUUCUGCCUCUAGACGCAAUCGCAUAUUGAUAUCUUA